AUGCGCGCAAAUGUAAAGUCAAUGACAGGAGGCUUUUUAGAUUGCAAGCAAAAUGCGCGCAAAGCAACUGGUAUUUGCCCAGGAUUGGAAUAUUUAGAAUCAAAUAGUGAGCUACUGACUACGAUUUUUCCGUAG